AUGGCUCACAUCCGCUUUGCUGUUCUACUACGAGUCUUGUUGCUGCUCUCUCUCUGCUCUCUCUGCCACGCCCAGUUCAACCUCAAGGCGACAACUGAAGACCGCGGGGUUGGCAACAAGACCAUCUGCAUAUCUGGAGGCAAAGGCGUCUUGCUUUUUCCGCCGGGAAAUUCGUGUGUCUUCACUUUUCGUGGCGGCAUUCUCACGUUGUACUCCACCCACGGCAUUCUCUUCAAUGAGGGCGAGCAGUUGGCCGAGUCGGACAACUUUCGGGGCUCCCAGAUUUUGUUCAAGAACUCCGUGCUUGAUCCCCCGAACGACUGGCAGUUCACAGCGUGUCCAGAGUCCGACAACGGCUGGUCGGUCUGGAUGGACGCCAACUGCGACGGAGGAGUGACAUUCGAAGCCAUUCUUACUCCAUUGGACGAUGAUGCAUUGAGGGCCUUGGAGGAGAGUGCCAGUGAAACCACGGAAGCGAACGAAUCUACCAAAUCAUCAACAGACGAACAACCAUCGGAAUCCACCUCUGAAGCCACCUCAGAAGCCACUUCCGAUUCCACCACUUCCGAUGCAAACGCCUCCUCGGUAUCCAAGUCUGCAUCCACAAAAACAGUCACGGAGAUUGUCACCAUCACAGGGGAAGACAGCAGCCAAGUCUCCGAGGUCACCACCACCAGAACAAUCACCCAGGACCUACCAACUCCGGGGGUAGUCACAGUCACCCAUCAUGUUACGUCGUACGUGGUUGGAGGAGGCAAUGCUGCCUCCAAUGUAACGCCCGGUGCUCAGAACGCAACUCCUGACGUCCCAAAAGGCUCUCCUCUAUCAGCUGCUUCUCCUGCUGACCCUACUUCUGACCCGGGCUCUGAAUCCCCAGCUUGGAACGUAGGAGCUCUUCCUUCAGGUGAGAACGGUGUCCAUCGUACUCCGGACUCGGGAACCCAGGAAGGGGCACAAUCAGGAGCCCCAGAACACACAAUCUGGUGGUCCCAGCCAUCUUCUCCUUGGUGGACGCAACAAACUGGACCUUGGUGGACUCCCGAGAGUCUUAGUCAUACUGCCUCUAACACUGCCUCUUCCGGUACAAGCACCCCUUCUGCAUCCGUUACAGCCCAGGAAAAUGGCUCUGAGCGAACCCUAAGCCCACUAAAACCCGUCCUAGAGACCCUCCUGGCUCUCCUGACGGUCCAUAUCACGUUCUUUUACAUCUAUUAG